AUGACGAUUCCCGAGGCAUAUGGCGAGUUUGAGGGACGAAUAGUAUCGCAUUCGAGUAGUUCGGAGAUUAUAUUAGCGACGAUAGGCCUAAGGCCGAACGGGGAAGCCAUAGAGCAUAUGGAGCCAGCUGAGGCGCAGCGCAAUACUCGCUUCGAAAUAGAGAAACUUUUUAUCCACGCCAAGGUUUGCGUUCAGGAGCAACUUGGACCAGACGCUAACAGCACCGGCAUUCAUGAAUCUACGGUUAAUUUUGGGCACACAUCUGCAGUUAAGCUCCCGCGCUUAUCAUUGCCGACAUUUGACGGCAAAUACUGCGAGUACCAAAACUUUAUCUUGUCGUUUAACCAAGUUAUUGGCCACCAGCCAUCCAUGUCUAAGAUCGAGAAGUUCAACCAGUUGUUAAACUGUCUUCGAGAACCAGCCCUUGAAACGGUUCGAGCUUUCCAGGUGACCGCAGACAACUACACAAAGGCUCGGGACCGCUUAAAGCAGCGCUAUGACAACCCGACUCUCGUAUUUUUGGAUAACAUAUUGUCACUCUUCGCAUUGCCAACUGUCGCCAAGUCAAAUGGUCAGCAGUUGCGCAGCCUAAUCGAUAAUGCAUCCGCAUUAUACAACUCGUUGCGUUCGUUGAGCACCGAGCCACAGAUUUGCGAGGCCAUGCUCAUCUCCAUAGUUAUGGGCAAAGUGGACCAGGAGACUAAGAGGAAGUGGAAUGAGUCGCUGGACUACACUACGUUGCCUUCCUGGGACAAAUGCGUUGGAGUCGUUGAACGUCAUUGUCAAUAUUUGGAAUCGGAUAAGAAGCCUCCUGCUGAAGCCCCUAUGAGUCAAACAGGUGGCCAUAGGUCGCGCUCGCAGAGGAAUCAGGCAAGUCUGUCCUUCAAUUGCACCACACAAACUUGUAACAUCUGUUCACAGACAGACCACAAGACCUUUAGAUGCCCAGAACUAAUCAAUCUCGCCCUAGAUAAUCGCCUCAAUGCAGUAAAGCGCCACAAGCUAUGCAUUAAUUGCCUUGGCAGGGGUCAUCUUGUAGCCAACUGCCCGUCGACGCGGAGGUGCCACUCAUGUGCACUACCGCAUCACUCGCUGCUUCAUCGGCCAUCGCCAGGAUCGGCCGCAGCUCCCUUUCCACUCCCUCAAGCGGAGCCUGUACAAGUUUCGGACGCAGUCGCGCAUACUCACACGGAGUCUCGUUCCGACUGUGUCAUUCUGGCCACGGCACUGAUUCUGGUCAAGGAUGCAUCUGGAAGCUACAAAAUAGGAAGAGCGCUUCUGGAUUCAUGUUCUCAGGUGAAUUUCAUAUCCGAGGAGUUUGCCCAAAGACUUCGACUGCCACGGAGCAAGCUCAACCUCGAGAUUCGUAGCAUUGGUGAGACACAAACGCGAAUUAAACACCAUGCAACCACCAAUAUCAAGUCGAGGCACAAUGGAUUCGAGUUGCUCCUUGAUUUUUGCGUGACAUUCCACAUCGCCUAUCAUCCAGAAUCGGAAAUUGACAUUUCUGCGUGGAACCUUCCGCAGCACUCAUCUCUUGCUGACGAGAGCUUCAACAAGUCUCGUCGGAUCGAUCUGCUUUUGGGGACGGAAACCUUCUUCGAUAUAUUGGCAGUCGGCCAAGUUAAAUUAGGAAAGGAUCUGCCCGUACUACAAAAAACACUACUUGGAUGGAUAGUGUCUGGUCGAUGUCGAGCUCAUCCCAGAACACUUCAUCAGUACUCGUCUAUCGCAUUAACAGAAAUUGACCAAAAAAUGGAACGGCUAUGGCGCAUCGAUCAUGUGGAGCCUCCUGAGAUCACACUUACGCCAGAGCAGCGAAACUAUGAACCUACCGUUCUCGGAGCCUCAUUCGACAUUGCCAAAAGGAGAUUCCUCUCCCUCGAACGCAGCCUAUGCAAAAGGCCUGAGGUAGGUGCCAAAUAUGUUGAAUUUAUGCAGGAGUUUCAAAAUCUGGGACACAUGAGUCCCGUGAGCCAUCCACAGUUAAACACUCCGCAUUAUUAUAUUCCGCACCACUGCGUGCUCAAGUCUAAUAGCACAUCAACAAAGCUCAGAGUGGUUUUCGACGCAUCUUGCAAGACGACGUCCCAGAAAGCGCUCAACGACAUUCUGAUGGUCGGACCGACCAUUCAGCCAGAUCUUUAUGCACUACUCCUGCGUUUUCGGAUACAUCGCUAUGCCAUCACUGCUGAUGUGGUCAAGAUGUUCCGCCAAGUCAACAUGUUUGCCGAGGAUCGCAGAUUCCAAUACAUUCUUUGGAGAACGUCGCCAUCGCAACCAUUGAGCACCUUCAAAUUGAAUACUGUAACUUAUGGCACAGCGGCUGCACCGUAUCUAGCCAUACGCAGUUUGUCAUAUCUAGCCGACAAAUUCAUGGACAAAUUGGAGAUUGGAGCUAAAGCCAUCAAAUCGUCUUUCUAUGUGGAUGACUUCCUAGGUGGAGCGGAUACGGUAGAGGAGCUACAUCAAAUCAAAAGGGAAGUUACAGCGAUUCUACAGGAUGGCCAAUUAGAACUCGCAAAAUGGCAUUCAAAUCACUGCAAGUUUGUCGAUGACGCUACAGUCAAACAUUUGCAGUUGGACGACGAAAUGCUAACCAGCACGCUUGGCCUAAAAUGGGACCAAGUACGGGACACAUUCAUGUUCUCGUUCUCGCCAAGAUUCGAUUCGGACCACGUCACCAAGCGCUCGAUUUUGUCCAUAGCCUCUUCGCUGUUUGAUCCGUUGGGAUUAGUUACUCCCAUCAUCAUAGUGGCAAAAAUUAUCCUCCAGGAGCUGUGGCUCCUAAAACUACAUUGGGACGAGUCAGUACCCCAAGGCAUUCAUACAGCUUGGAUGUCCCUGCUUGCAUCGCUUUCGUCGUUGGAGUCUGUAGCAAUACCACGAUAUUGCCUCCAAUCAGCGAUACAUACCUUUCAAAUACACGGCUUUUGUGACGCCUCCAAUCGAGCGUAUGGAUGCUGCAUCUACGCUCGCACAAUCGGAUCAGAUGGGCUGACCAAGGUACAGCUAAUCACAUCGAAGUCCAGAGUUGCUCCCACCAAGAAGCUAUCUCUGCCGAAAUUAGAACUGUGUGGAGCACAUUUAUUAGCACAGCUCUACAAAAAAAUCAUUAGAAUCUUCGCUGACAGAAAGCCGACUUCGUUCUUAUGGUGCGAUUCUCAAAUUGUUCUACAUUGGAAUCGCCAACACUCGGCCACCUUAUCAACCUUUGUCGGCAAUCGAAUUGCCGAAAUUCAAGAACUCACGUCAGAUUGCCACUGGAGACAUGUUCCUACUCACUGCAACCCGGCUGAUAUCUUGUCCAGGGGCUGCACUAUCACCGAGUUGGAACAAUCGAUAUGGUUCGAGGGACCUGAGUUCCUAGGCCAAGAUCAUCAACAUUGGCCAAAGGACAGUCGAGACAACAGUGACAUUGAUAUGGAAACUGUCCAACUGGAGAAGAGAAAAUCAGCCUUUGCCGUAUCAUCCGCCGCUCUAUACGGAAACUCGCCUUAUUACCUGUCUCUUGAAAGUCAAUCGCAUACUUUCAAGGAGGCCGAUUCAUUGGUCGACGAGGAUGUCCGCAGACGGUGCAUUGCGAGUCGCCACUUCCUGGCUCUUCGCGAUCGGAUCGAGGAGCAGGCGGACGCAAUUCGCGAGUUCGCAUCAAAAAGCGGAUGCGAAUUUGCGUUCACACCCCCUCGGGCUCCGCACAUGGGCGGACUAUGGGAGGCAGUGAAAACUGCAAAGCACCUACUCCUACGAGCGGUGGGCAGCGCACUCCUCAACGCCGAAGAGCUGGCAACAGUCCUCGUCGGGAUCGAGGCCACGAUGAACUCGCGGCCCCUCGGAGCGCUCAGCCAGGACCCAAGCGACGGAGAGGCGCUAACUCCCGGACACCUGCUGACAGGCGGGCCGCUCAUCGCAGCACCAGCACUCCGGACCCCGGACCAGGUGGGUCUCAGUUGCUUGCGGCGAUGGCGGCUUGUCUCGUCAGUCAGGAAAACGUUCUGGCGGCGAUGGUCCCGGGAAUAUGUCCUGGGCCUUCAGGUUCGGGGCAAGUGGCACGAGGAGAAGGCCAACGUCGAGGAGGGCCAACUCGUCGUCGUGGCAGAGGACAACCUGCUGCCUCAACAGUGGCUCCUGGGAAGGAUCGUCGCGACGCACGCAGGAGAGGACGGCAAGGUCAGGGUCGUCGACCUUAGGAGGAGUGAUGGAGCCAUCUUCCGGAGGGCGAUCCACAAGCUGGCGCCGCUGCCGAUUUGUUGA